AUGUUGAAGGUUGCAGUGACUUCUAAUAUCGGUAGGAGGUGGAUGUCGACUGGAAUGAAGAGCUCAGGACUGUUUUUCAGACAGCUGUUCGACACAGUAAGCAGCACGUAUACAUAUCUCCUGGGUGAUAUGAACACCGGCGAAGCUGUUCUCAUAGACCCGGUGCUUGAACAUGCUGAAAGAGAUGCUGGCUUGAUCAAAGAGCUUGGUUUCAAGCUGUUAUAUGCGAUGAACACUCAUAUGCAUGCGGACCACGUGACUGGUACGGGAAGAUUAAAAUCCUUAAUUCCUGGUUCGAAGAGCGUUAUAGGGAAGGCUUCGGGCGCCCAGGCUGAUAUACACCUGGCUGACCGGCAGAAGGUCCAGUUCGGAGGUCAAGAAAUACUGGCUGUGUCCACCCCAGGACAUACAAAUGGAUGUAUGACAUAUAUAUGUCAUCAGCAGGGCAUAGCAUUCACGGGCGACACUCUGCUCAUAAGAGGCUGUGGUAGAACGGAUUUCCAGGAAGGUUCACCUGAAAAAUUAUAUAAAUCAGUUCACGAAAAAAUAUUCACACUUCCCGGCCAUUACACGCUCUACCCCGCACACGACUAUAAGGGACAAACAGCGACAUCUGUUGACGAAGAAAAGAAAUAUAACCCGAGAUUAACGAAAACACUGCCGGAGUUCAUUGACAUCAUGAAUAAUUUGAACCUACCCUACCCUAAGAUGAUUGAUAAAGCAGUUCCUGCGAAUAGAGUGUGCGGAUUAUAUUAG